AUGAUAUUGUUAUAUUUAAUUUUUGUUGUGAUUCCAUUUUUAAUAUUUUCUUAUUUUAUAUAUAAAAGUGUAUGUACCUUUAUUCGUGAAAAAAAUAAGAGAAAAGAAUUCUUUAGCUAUUUAAGAUGUGAAAAUAAACAGUAUAAUGCCUAUGAAAAUUUCUCAAAGAAAUAUGAAAUAGAAAAAUAUAAAUACUACUUAAAAGUUGAAAGAAAAAUUGAAGUUAAUUAUAAUACAGACAUACUUGAGGAAUUAAAUUCUGAUAAUAAUGAAGUAGAUAAACAAUAUUUAGAAAGCUUAUUAGAUGAUAUUUAUAAUGACGAUAAAUACACACAAGAUAGUGAAUUGAAUGAUCCCCAAUAUAGUUGGAUGAGAAAACUGGCAAGUGAGGACGUUGUGAAAUUAAAAGUCUUGUUACUAAAGAAAGCCAUUUAUUUUCUACCAAUAUGUAAUAAAAUAUUUCAAGAUAAAAAUAAAAAACAUCGACUAUAUAAUAAUUAUUAUAUCGAUGAUAAUAUGUCAAGGGAGUUAGAUGGGCAAUGUAACGAGUUUUUAGAAGAAUUUAAUUUAAUAAUACACGAAGCAAAUUGCUUAUCGCCUAAAUGGGGCGAAACCAUCAUUUCCGAUGCGUACAGAAUUUUUCACCAUAACAAAAUAAAAGCGGAUGAAGAAAAAAAAAAAAAAGAUGAACAAAAAAAUAUUAUAAAAAAGCAAAAACAGAAGGAAAAAAAAUUGAAGGAAACAACAGAAAAAGCAAAUUUGUUGGCUGAUCAAAUAAUAGAAGAGGAAAAUUCCAAAAAAAAAAAAAAAAAGAGUAAAUAG